AUAAAAGUGACCGGGCGCUAAAUGACCGCACUAGUCGCUCAGAAGUAUCCGCGGCAAUGAUAUCACUAUUAACACUUAUUGAUAACAUGAAACCAGUUUUUUUAGUUUCGGCAGUAAUAUGUGCGAUUUAUUUUGAAGAUGUCGCGGCCAAAGGUCUACCGUCUUACCUGAAACUAUGCAACCGCAACGAUCCGAACCUCAGCAAAUGCAUCAACGAAAACGUCGAAAUCAUAAGGCCGAAAUUGAAACAAGGUAUUCCGGAGCUCUUCAUACCUUCCCUUGACCCGCUGCUGAUAUCUCGAGCUACUCUUGACAGCGGCAACGCUUUCAAAGCCACUUUCACAAAUAUCGAGCUUUUCUACGCCGACAAAUUCCACUUGCACAAUUUUGACAUGGAUUUGGAGAAAUACAAAGUAGAUAUCAAAAUCGGAUUUCCAACCCUGAGGAUCAAAUCGAUCUACAAUAUCAACGGAAGGUUGUUGGUUUUGAAUUUGAACGGCAAAGGACCGGCAGAUGGAAAUUAUACCAACGUUCAGGCACAUCUCAACCUGAAAGGCACUCCUUUUAAUAAAAACAACAAAAAUUUUGUAAAAUGGGAACGAGAAAAAAUCGAUAUUACCAUCGAAAAGAGUCAUCUGUUCUUUGACAAAAUAUUCGGAGACAACGAGCAGCUCAACGAUCAAACGAACAGGGUUAUUAACGAAAACAUCGACACUAUCAUCGAGGAACUUCAGCCAGUCAUUCAAGGAGUUGUCAGCGACUUCGUUUUCGGCGUGGUGAAUAGGCUAUUCUCGCGAUAUUCAAUUAAUGAUUUAUUUCCAAUUUCUUAAACUUGAUGGACGACCUUAUUUUUAAAUCACCUUGGAAAAACCCCUAAUAUGUAAAAAUAACAAAUUUUUUUCCGUUUUAAAAUUGCGCUUUCAAAGCCGCGGAUUUAAAUUCAAAGUAAUUACCCAACCCAAAGAUGAUUGCUUUUCAUUAGGGUAACUCAGAAACAGCGCGUCCAUCUUUUGAAUUGUGUAGUUUUUUUAUCUUUAACAUACGUAACUAAAAAGAAUACAUAUGGAACUGAAAUGUGAACAUACCAAACGGCUCUGAGCUUGUGAUUUAACUUAAUAAACUACUAUUUUACAAAGAAAUCUUUUACGAAUUUAUUUUUUAGCCUUC